ACAUAAAUAUAGAUUUAAUAAUGCCUUACUGAGACUUUAAUGUUUAAAUACACUUUCGUAAAAUGUACUAAACAAGAAAAGUAAGUAUUUCCUCAGAGAAAGUGGCCUUCUACACUUGUUGUCAAAUAAGGCCUUUAAGAUUACUUUAAAUUUGUGAUGUUCCGCUUCCGGCAUUUCCAUCAGUAAUCUGUCAAGUUAAAGUUUAAACUUUGAAAAGAUAAAAGUUCCAGUUUUUCUAUUAAUUACCUGCGAGGAAAGCGAUGGGGAAAUCCGCAGCACUACCUAAGCAAGGCAGAUUUAUAAUGUUCUUCAAAGGAUUGUACCGUAACGAAUUUAAAUGGGCCCUCGUGAAAAGUAUUGGAAUUUUCGCUCUCGGAGUAAGAAUCGCACAAGAAUGUCAAGGAAUUGAGCUCGUUCCAUCAUAAAUUUAAUCUCAUCUUAGUUCUUAUUAGACGUAUUAUGAUAUAGGAUAAAUUAAACGUGAUUAAAAUGGCACACUUUGUUUUCUUCACCAAAGUUCUGUUUUUCAAGUUAUUUUUAUGCUUUGUUUUUGCUAAACAGGCUUAUAGUGAUCGUUCACCUCCUAAUUUCGUUUAUAUCCUAACUGAUGAUCAAGACCUUAUGCUAAAUGGUUUGGUUGCGAUGAGGAAAACAUUGAACCUUGUUGGAGACAGAGGAAAGUUUUUUGUUCAUGCGUUUGUAAAUACUCCAAUUUGUUGCCCGAGCCGAAGCUCUAUCUUAACUGGUAAAUAUCCGCACAAUAUUGGGGUAUUUAAUAACUCUUUAGCUGGAAAUUGUUCGAGUGAAUAUUGGCAGAAACAUCAUGAACCUCAUUCGAUGGCAGCGAUUUUAAAGCAUAAAGCCAAUUACACAACGUUUUAUGGAGGCAAAUAUUUAAAUCAGUAUGGAUCCAAAUAUGCUGGUGGAACGACCCAUGUACCCAAAGGAUAUGACUGGUGGGUAGGAUUGAAAGGAAAUUCCAAAUAUUACAAUUACACAUUGUCCAUUAACGGGACGAACUUACCGUUGAAAAAUCUAUACUUAACUGAUUUAUUGGCUAAUUACAGUUUGGCAUUCUUAAAUCAACGGUUUUUGGAAGAUUCGCCGUUUUUUAUGAUGGUUGCACCUCCGGCUAGUCACUCGCCCUUUAUUCCACCCAAACGUUACAUAAACAGGUUUCCUGGAGUUGGCGUUGUAAAGAAUCCUUCAUUUAAUUACAGCUCACAAAACAAACAUUGGAUUGUUAGAAUGCCUCCGAAACGCCUUCCAUCAAACAUAACAAUUUUAAACCAAAUCCAAAGAAGGCGUUUGCAAACCCUGCUGGCAGUUGAUGAUUUAGUUGAGCGAAUUGUACUUCAACUGAAGAAAAUGAAGGUCUUUCAUAAAACAUACUUCAUUGUUAAUUCUGAUAACGGCUUUCAUAUAGGCCAGUUUGGACAGCCGUGGGACAAACGCCAACCAUACGAGGCCGAUACGCGAGUUCCUUUAUUAAUCAGUGGACCCGGAGUUGGAAAGAAAGUUUUAGAGUCAUAUCCAGUAUCUGCUGUUGAUAUGGCUCCUACAAUUUUAGAUUUGGCUGGAAUCAAACCGCCUCACCACAUGGACGGCAAAAGCUUUAAAAAACAACUAUUAAACAAACGAAAUAAAAUCGGAUUUAAGUACGUUUUUAUGGAGUAUUGGGGAGAAGGCAAUGAGAGAACGAUUGAGAAGGUUUGCCCUUGGAGCUAUGACGAAAAUGUGAUGGAAUGUAGCUCUAAUCAGUGGUGUAAAUGCCAGGAUAGUCGAAACAACACCUAUACCUGCAUAAUGGAGUUUCGCGAAGAGCUACGUUUCAAAUUUUGCCGCUUUGAUGAUAGUGAGCGCUUUGUCGAGGCCUAUAAUUUAUCUCUGGAUCCAUACGAACUGAAAAAUGUAUACCCCCAAAUGAAUACAAAGCUUAUAAGGUUUUACAACAAUAUUCUGAAUAAGUUCAGAAAGUGUUCAGGGCGGUCUUGCAAGACUUUAUGAAAGUAGCGUUUUUCUAAACACGACCCACAACGAAAAACAAUAAACUGGUGAUACUUCGGUACAAUUGUUGUCAAUUUUAACGUUCUGCAUACAAGAUAUUUUGCAUCAGAUAUUCAGUUAUUUCACCGGUUAGAAAUUUUUCUAUGAUUUAUGUUUAGUAACAAUAGUAUUCCAAUAGCAUUUUUUGGUUUAAGAUUCGAAUUUGAGAUAGAAGUAUAAGCAAAGCAAGCAACAACCCUUUUUUUGUUAUUUAAUGUCCGGCCCUGUGAAUAAAAAUUUUUUUUUUAAUUUAUUUUCAUAGGUAAUAAUUUUGUUGACAUGAACUAAGCAAUCGAUAUCAACUCCUGUUUCCUACCAUUUUUACAAAUUAACUGUCAGUAUUUUUGAAACUAACUAUUUACUAGUAUUAUAUGACGAAACUAAUAAAUAUACUUAACUUAAUCAAUUUUAUACCUAAAAGUAUUUAGUGGGAUUAUAGAGACUGUAGUUUACACACCGCUUUACUUGCAAAGCAACGAACAUAUUUAAAGGUUUGUGAUUGUUAAUUACUCAUUGCAGUUUCCGCUUAACUGAUUUAUAGACAAGUGUUUUGAUGUUAAGUGUUUUGUGAUGCGUCGAGCGCCAAAAAAGUAUUAGUUAAUGAAGUAUCUGUAAUUGCAAGAAUAAUUCAUUAUCUGUGCCGAUUUAGAACUGAUACCUAUGGAAUCAUUUAAUUAAUAUUUUUGAUUAAUUAAAAUAAGUUAUUUAAUCACAUGAAUAAUGUGCAUCACACAAUACAGUGUUUAUUCAAUAAUGUACUUAUUUAUAUUUGCUAAAAAAGUACUUAAGUAAAGUUUUAUUCUUGACAAAAAUCAAGCUUUCAUUCUUGCAUCGUCAGAAGAAUUCGCUUGUAAUUCUUUUGAGCCACUGUAUAAUCUUUAUUAUAAAAUAGCUUCAGCAGAAUUAGUAAUUUGAAUUGUAUUGCUUCUAGUUGUUUCAAGGAAUCAUUGGAACCGGCAUACAUUCUUGCCAUUGUCGAUUAUGAGUUUGUCAGUAUUUUUGCAUUUAUGUUCGAGCUAACAAGCUGUUUAUCUACUAAUUUAAUAUAAUAAAGUGAUUUAAAUUUGUGAUGCUCUACUUUCCUAAUUUAAAAUUAUUUACUUGAAAGCGUUUAGGUUCUUUCUAUGUUGUAAUCGAAGUGUUGAGUUGCAAUGGAAUUAAUCACAUUUUAAUAGACCUGAAAAGGUAUAUGUAUUUGUUCUGACUAUUUCAUAUUUUAGGCAGCAUAACAAUGUAUUAAAACCUCAGAAUUGGAUAAUUUAUCAUUUCUUCUUUAUUAAUUCCAUAGUGAAUCACACUUAUAGACUUAGAUUGUGAUAUGUAAUCUAGUAACUGUAGUAGCAAAAAGUAUUUAUGGAUUGCAUUUAUAAAAUCCGAAUUAAAUUAUUGACAUUAUCUUAGGGAAAUAUCCUAAUUCAUAAAUCAUAUGUUGUUAAUUUGAAACCUUUGACAAUAAAGCUGUGAAAAAG